CCAGUCAGUGCUGGGUGAAGGACCAAGGAAAACCUGUCUCCAGCGCUCUGAGAGCCACUCGAAAUCUUUUGGGGAGCUCAAAAAUUAUGAAUAUGGGAUCUGUCGCUGGAGCUGUUCUCAAGAUGUUACUUCUGUUGUCUACUCAAAAUUGGAACAGAGUGGAAGCUGGGAAUUCAUAUGACUGUGAUGAGCCCCUAGUGUCUGCCUUGCCUCAGGCAUCCUUCAGCAGUUCUUCUGAGCUCUCCAGCAGUCACGGUCCUGGAUUCGCAAGGCUGAAUCGAAGAGACGGGGCUGGUGGCUGGUCCCCACUUGUGUCCAACAAAUACCAGUGGCUGCAGAUUGACCUUGGAGAGAGGAUGGAAGUCACGUCUGUGGCCACCCAAGGUGGAUAUGGGAGCUCCAACUGGGUGACCAGCUAUCUCCUGAUGUUCAGUGAUAGUGGAAGGAACUGGAAGCAGUAUAGACAAGAAGACAGCAUCCGGGGAUUUUCUGGAAACACAAACGCAGACAGCGUUGUGUACUAUAGACUCCAGCCUUCAAUCAAAGCCAGGUUUCUACGCUUCAUUCCUCUAGAAUGGAACCCCAAGGGCAGGAUUGGGAUGCGCAUCGAGGCGUUCGGGUGUGCAUACAGGUCGGUUGUGAUAGAUCUUGAUGGAAAAAGUUCCCUCCUCUAUAGAUUUGAUCAAAACUCCUUGAGUCCAAUAAGAGAUAUCAUAUCUUUGAAAUUUAAAACAAUGGAGAGCGAUGGGAUCCUACUGCACAGGGCAGGGACUGCUGGAGAUCAUAUCACAUUGGAGUUAAGGAAAGGAAAGCUCUUCUUACUUAUUAAUUCAGGUGAGGCUAGACUGACCUCUAGUUCCACCCUGAUCAACCUCACACUGGGCAGCCUGCUGGAUGAUCAGCAUUGGCAUUCUGUGCUCAUCCAGAGACUGGGGAAGCAAGUCAACUUUACAGUGGACGAGCACAGGCGUCACUUCCAUGCCCAAGGAGAAUUCAAUUACCUGGAUCUUGAUUAUGAGAUCAGCUUUGGAGGGAUCUCAGCACCUGCAAAAUCAGUGUCCUUGCCAUACAAACAUUUCCAUGGAUGUUUAGAGAACCUCUUUUAUAAUGGAGUAGAUGUCAUUGGCUUGGCCAAGCAACACAGCCCUCAGAUCAUCAUCAUGGGAAAUGCCUCGUUUUCUUGUUCACAACCACAGUCUAUGCCUCUGACUUUUCUGACCACCAGGAGUUAUUUGGUCCUCUCAGUGUCUUCCAAAGAGGAAGCCAUUUUAGCCAGCUUUCAAUUCCGAACCUGGAAUAAGGCGGGACUUCUGCUCUUCAGUGAAUUCCAGCUGGUGUCAGGCGGCCUCCUUCUCUUUCUCAGCGAUGGGAAACUUAAACUGAAUCUUUACCAGCCAGGAAAGUCACCCAGUGACAUCACAGCAGGUGCUGGCUUAGGUGAUGGCCAGUGGCAUUCUGUCUCCUUGUCUGCUAAAAGGAAUCACCUGAGUGUGGUGGUGGAUGGCCACAUCAGCCCUGCUUCUCCUUGGCUGGGGCCUGAGCAGGUUAAUUCAGGAAGCAUCUUUUAUUUUGGAGGUUGUCCAGACAAAAGCUUUGGAUCCAAGUGUAAGAGCUCUCUAGGUGGAUUUCAAGGAUGCAUGAGGCUCAUCUCCAUCAACAACAAAAUGGUAGAUCUGAUUGCAGUCCAGCAGGGGUCCCUUGGCAACUUCAGUGACCUUCAGAUAGACUCAUGUGGCAUCUCAGACAGGUGUUUGCCCAACUCUUGUGAGCAUGGUGGUGAAUGUUCUCAAUCUUGGAGCACCUUUCAUUGUAACUGCACAAACACGGGGUACACAGGAGCCACUUGUCACAGCUCUGUCUAUGAGCAGUCAUGUGAAGCCUAUAAGCACCAAGGAAAUGCUUCUGGAUUCUACUACAUAGACUCAGAUGGGAGUGGUCCUUUGCAGCCAUUCCUCUUAUACUGCAAUAUGACUGAAACGGCAUGGACCGUCAUACAGCACAAUGGCUCCGACUUAAUGAGAGUCAGGAACACUCACUCUGAGAAUGCGCACACUGGGGUGUUCGAGUACGCGGCCAGCAUGGAACAGCUCCAGGCCGCCAUUAACCGGGCGGAGCACUGCCAACAGGAGCUCGUGUAUCACUGCAAGAAGUCGCGGCUCGUUAAUCAGCAAGAUGGAAGCCCUCGGAGCUGGUGGGUGGGAAGAACCAAUGAGACACAGACCUAUUGGGGUGGUCCCUUGCCUGCUCCUCAAAAGUGCACUUGUGGCUUGGAAGGGAACUGCAUUGAUGCCCAGUAUCAUUGCAACUGUGAUGCAGAUCGGAACGAAUGGACCAAUGACACUGGAUUCCUCUCCUAUAAAGAACAUCUGCCUGUCACGAAGAUUGUGAUUACGGACACGGGACGGCCCCAUUCAGAAGCUGCCUAUAAACUGGGCCCUCUGCUCUGCCGGGGAGACAGGCCGUUUUGGAACGCAGCUUCCUUUAAUACCGAGGCUUCCUACCUCCACUUCCCCACAUUCCAUGGCGAGCUCAGUGCAGAUGUGUCCUUCUUUUUCAAGACCACAGCCCUAUCUGGGGUGUUUUUAGAGAACCUGGGAAUCACCGACUUCAUACGAAUAGAAUUACGCUCACCCACAACAGUGACCUUUUCAUUUGACGUGGGGAACGGGCCUUUCGAACUCUCUGUGCAUUCACCCACUCACUUCAAUGACAACCAGUGGCAUCACGUGCGAGUGGAAAGGAACAUGAAAGAGGCAUCCCUUCAGGUGGAUGAGCUACCUCCGAAGAUACAAGCGGCUCCCACGGACGGCCACGUCCUGUUACAGCUCAAUAGUCAACUCUUUGUUGGUGGGACCGCCACCAGGCAGAGGGGCUUCUUAGGAUGCAUCAGGUCCCUGCAGUUGAAUGGGAUGGCCCUGGAUCUGGAAGAAAGAGCCACAGUGACCCCUGGGGUGCAGCCAGGUUGCAGAGGACACUGUGGGAGCUAUGGAAAGUUAUGUCGCCAUGGAGGGAAGUGCAGGGAAAAGCCCAGUGGCUUCUUCUGUGAUUGCUCUUCCUCUGCCUAUGCAGGACCAUUCUGCUCCAAAGAGAUUUCUGCAUAUUUUGGAUCUGGGUCUUCUGUGAUUUACAAUUUUCAAGAAAAUUAUUCUCUAAGCAAGAACUCCAGUUUCCACGCUGCUUCAUUUCAUGGGGAUAUGAAGCUGAGCAGAGAGAUGAUCAAGUUUAGCUUCCGAACCACACGGGCACCAAGCUUGCUACUUCAUAUGAGUUCCUUUUAUAAAGAAUAUCUCUCAAUUAUCAUUGCCAAAAAUGGAAGUCUGCAGAUAAGAUACAAGCUAAGUAAGUAUCAUGAGCCUGAUGUCAUCAGCUUUGACUUGAAGAGCAUGGCGGAUGGGCAGCUUCACCACGUAAAGGUCCACAGAGAAGAAGGAAUGGUCUUUGUGGAGAUUGAUGAGAAUGCAAGGAGACAAACCUACUUGUCGUCAGGCACAGAAUUCAGUGCAGUCAAGUCCUUGGUACUGGGCAGAAUGCUAGAAUACAGUGAUGUCGACCAGGAGACCGCACUGGCUGCAGCCCAUGGCUUCACGGGCUGCCUCUCUGCGGUGCAGUUCAGCCAUAUUGCACCUCUGAAGGCUGCUCUGCAACCCGGUCCCCCAGCCCCUGUCACCGUGACAGGGCAUGUGACUGAGUCCAGCUGUGUGGCCCCUGCUGGCACUGAUGCUACAUCCAGAGAAAGGACACAUUCAUUUGCAGAUCACUCUGGAACGAUGGACGACAGAGAACCCCUCACUCAUGCAAUCAAAAGUGACUCUGCAGUGAUCGGAGGUCUGAUAGCUGUUUUGAUCUUUAUCUUGCUCUGCGUCUCUGCCAUAGCUGUUCGCAUUUAUCAGCAGAGAAGGUUAUACAAAAGAAAUGAGGCAAAAAGGUCAGAGAAUGUGGACAGCGCCGAGGCGGUUUUGAAAAGCGAGGUUCAUAUCCAGAACGCAGUCGGUGAAAAUCAGAAAGAGUACUUCUUCUGAUUGGCAAUGAUCCUCUUAACUUGCAAGGAUGAGUUCCUUUUCAUAGCCAGGGGCUCUCAGAGGACGAGAACUGCUCUAACCCUGACCGUACAGGCGAUGGAUCUGCAGCAUGGCCAUCUUGCCACGUCCAAGCUCAGGAUGGCUCCAGGCAGUCUCCUUUAGGGAUGGGCUCCUUCUAGCCAUCAUUCUGUUAAGAAAGGAGCUCAUGAUUGGUGUCCCUUUUCAACUUCUGCACAUGAUCAAAGCCAAGUUUAACUUGCUUCACAACUAUGGUUUUUAAAUGUGGAAACUUUAGCCCUUCUCUUCACCCUGUAAAACAUAAGUUCUGUUAGAGGUAAGAACUCAAAUUUGGACUAUAAAUGGCCUUGCUUUACUUCAGACCAAAUGUCCUGUUUGCUUUCGUCUUCACAUGGUGUUGUUCAUGAACCUGGACAUGCUUCUGAGAUCCUGUUUGGCUGGUGUUCGCAUCUUCAAUGGCUAAAAGUCUAUACAUAAAGCCCCUUUGCCUUUCUCUGUAUUACAUUCAAUACAUCAAUAGUC